AUGGCAAAUUCAGUGCUCACAGCAACCUAUGAGGGUUAUAUCAGGGACACCGCCGAUGCUCUCAGAAUCUUCGAGGCUUGCUUGACUGGCAGCCUUACACACACCGCUCGACGACCACACGAUCGGGAACGCUCAACCCUGAUUACAAGCGGGAAUGUCUUCGUUUACGAAGAAGGGUCUUCCGGGAUCAAGCGCUGGACCGACGGUGUGAAUUGGAGCCCAAGCCGAAUCUUGGGCAACUUCCUGGUGUAUCGGGAGAUGAACCAACCCUUUUCACCAGGAGAAAAGAAGCGGGCCUCCAAGAAGCCCAAGAAGCAGGCUGGGGUGGCCAAGGCCUACGAUCACCGACCACAGGCCACCCGUUUCUCCAGCAUGCCCAACGACCCUGCUGGUGUUUGUGCAGGUGGUGAUGGUGGUGCCGGGGACGAAGACCGAGACCUCGUUGGGUCACUCACUGACUCCUACGACUUCAAACCUAAUAGUCUCAUCAAGAAGACUAUUAGUAUCACGCACAAUGGUAUUCCUCACCACCUCGUGAGCUACUAUACUGUCGAUGACGUGAGGUCUGGGCGUCUUGUAAGGCCUUCAGAUCACGAAUUUUUUGGGCGUGUCCAACCUCGGAUGGAGCUCAUGUCGGGACAGAACUUCAGGGUCCCACUAGAGGAUGGGGGGGAUGAAGAGUCACGUGGUGUCAUGUCUCACGGACAACAAGUGAUGCCCUAUCCCUGCAACGACUACCAGAUCUUCCAGCAUGCGUAUGGAAAUGCUGCUGCCCCCCGAACAGGGCAGUUUACUUACGGGCCCCCCCAAAAUGGCACCUAUGCCCCAGUCUCGGUCCCUGCUACCCAUGCCAUCCAAAAUGGCACAUAUGCCCCUGUCUCUGUCCCUGCUACCCCUGCCCUCCAAAAUGGCACCUAUCUCCCCGUCCCUGCCCCCCAGAAUGGUUCCUACUACAACCUCCACCAAAACGUCCACCAAAACGUCCACCAAAACCCCGCCUAUCCUUGGUAUCACGCCCAAUUACAAUGA